AUGGAAACGUUCAGUGUUCUUGGAAAUCCGGUGGGUGGGAUCAUUCCAGACACCUUAGGUAAUUGGAAAAAAUUAGUAGAAUUUGACUCUGGUGAUUGUAAUCUAACUGGGACCAUCCCUCAUUCCAUUUAUAACCUUUCACUUCUAGCUAUCUUUAGUUUGUCUUAUAAUCAACUAACUGGUAGUCUUCCUCGAGGUAUAGGUGCAAUGCUCUCUCAUCUUGAAAUCCUACAAUUAAAUGAUAACCAGUUGACGGGACCACUUCCAUCAUGGAUAUCUAAUUGCUCGAAACUAAGAAUACUUGAUAUGACAGAUAACAUGUUUAGUGGGAAGUUGACGAUCGACUUUUCAAAACUAGGAGAUAUUAAUGGCAUAUACUUAAGUUUAAACAACUUUGGAAGUAGUGAAGCUGAUGAAAUGAAUUUUAUUGAUUCUUUGAAGAAUUGCACCGCUUUAUAUCGUUUGGAUCUAGGUUCUUGCAAGUUUCAAGGAGUGCUCCCUAGAUCAAUUGGUAACCUUUCUGAUCAACUCGGGUCUCUGAAUCUUAGCGGAAAUAAUUUACAUGGAAACCUCCCAGCAUCAAUUGGUAAUCUAGUUGGCUUGGUUGCUUUAUAUUUAGGAAGUAACCAAUUCACAGGAAGCAUCCCCUCAACCAUCGGUAAACUUCAAAAGCUACAAUAUUUUGAUUUAUCUGAAAACCAACUUUCAGGGCAACUUCCUGAUGCCUUAGGGAACUUGUCAUCUUUACUCCAACUUUAUUUGUUUUCAAACAAGUUAGAAGGGGUAAUUCCUUCAAGCAUAGGAAACUGCCGUCAUCUAAUAGCGUUGCAACUUGAUGACAAUAAAUUUACCGGGAAAAUACCUCAACGUAUCUUACAACUUUCAUCUUUAUCUAUAAUACUGAAUCUUUCUCAAAACAACCUGUUUGGUUCACUUCCAACCGAGGUUGGAGACCUCAAGAUGUUGACUGCUUUGGAUUUAUCUUAUAAUAAUUUAUCAGGUAACAUUCCUAGUAGCCUUGGUAGUUGUGGCAGCCUUACCAGUUUGUCCCUCAAAGGCAACUUGUUUCAAGGCAUGAUACCGCCAUCAUUAAGUUCCUUAAAAGGAUUGGUGGAACUCGAUAUUUCUCAUAACAAUUUAUCGGGCCAAAUUCCUCGAUUCUUGGAACGGUUCUUGUUAGAAUAUUUGAACCUAUCAUAUAAUGAUUUUGAGGGUGAAGUACCACAGCUAGGAGUGUUCGCUAAUGCAAGUGCAUUCUCCAUUUUGGGGAAUAGCAGGCUUUGUGGUGGCGUUGUUGAACUUGGGUUAACCAAAUGUAAGGAUACAAAGAAACAUAAAGAAAAAUUUCCUGUGUUUGUAAUAAUCAUUUUGAUUGCAUCCUCACUUUUCACCAUAAUAUGCUUAGCAUAUGCUUGGUGUAAGAAGAAAAGCAAGAGCCGGCCGUCUCAAUCUUCAAUGAGAGAUCGAUUCUUGAAAAUUUCAUACGCUCAACUUCUCAAGGCUACCAAUGGCUUCUCCGAAACCAAUUUGAUUGGAAAUGGUGGGUUCAGUUCCGUUUAUAAAGGAGUCCUUAAUGAAGAUGAUGAUACACUUGUCGCAGUGAAAGUUCUACGUCUUCAAAAUCGAGGGGCUGAAAGAAGCUUUAUGAGGGAGUGUGAAGCAUGGCGAAACAUUCGACACCGUAAUCUGUUAAGGAUAGUAACUUCAUGUUCAAGCAUUGACUUUCAAGGAAAUGAUUUCAAAGCUUUGGUAUACGAGUUUAUGCCUAAAGGGAGUUUACACGAUUGGCUUUACACAAGUGAAGGUACAUCGAGGUUAAACUAUAUUCAGAUAACAAAUAUUCUUGCCGAUGUCGCGUCUGCACUUGAUUAUCUUCAUAAUCACUGUGUACCAAUCGUUGUUCACGGUGACUUGAAGCCUAGCAACAUUCUACUCAACGAUGAAAUGGUGGCUCAUGUUGGAGACUUUGGUUUAGCUCGCUUUCUUGGAACAACUUCUUACCAAAACAGCUCCACCAGCAUUAGAGGAACAAUUGGUUACGCUGCUCCAGAAUAUGGACUCGGGAGUGAUAUGACAACUAAUGGAGAUGUCUAUAGUUUUGGAAUGCUAUUACUAGAGGUGAUGACCGGAAAAAAGCCAACUGAUGACAUAUUUAAUGAAGGGCAUAGCCUUCAUAAAUUUGCUUCCAUGGCUUUGCCUGACCAUGUAAUGGAUGUUAUUGAUCUCAACAUUCUAAACAUUAAUCAAGGAGUGUGUGAAGCAGAUGCACAUAAAAUAGAAGAAUGUUUGGCUUCAACAAUCAAAAUUGGAGUAUCAUGCUCUCUGGAUUCCCCAUCACUAAGGAUGAAUAUGGAAAAGGUUGUACAUGAAUUGCAUCGUAUCCAGAAUACACUUCCAAAUAUUGAGAUCUAACACCAAGCUUGCAUUUGGGAUUUCAAAUAAACUACACCUAGGAUAUGGUGUAUGUCAUCAUUGAAUCAUUGUUAGUUUGCCAUACAUAUAUAAUUGUUAUUUUGCUUAAUAUCUUGUUGACACAAGUAUACGAGUUUGUGCUUAAUUAUUUACAAAGGAUAUAUAUUAUAUUGUC